AUGUUCCAGAGGCUGCCGGCCGACACGUUCUUCUUCAUCUUCCAGAGCGCCCUCACGAUCGACGACUUCGCGAGUCUGAGCUGCGCGUGCAAGGACAUCGCGACGGUGAGCGCGUCCAAGAAGUUGGACGAGACGAAGCGCAAGCUGCUGUGGCGGGACGCGAUCGCCAACGACGCGGCCGCGUUUAUGACCGAGCGCGGACGCUAUCCGACGGCCACCUGCUGCGCGCUUUCGCCCGACGGCGCGCGCGUGUUGGCGGGUAGCGACCGCAAUGACAACCUGGCGCGGCUCUGGAGCGCGGAGACGGGCGAGCUACUGAAGCAGUUCCAGGGUCACACCGAUCGGGUCACCUGCUGCGCCAUCUCCCUCGGUGGCGCGUGGGCGGUGACCGGGAGCGACGACAGCACGGCGCGGAUCUGGGACAUGGAGACGGGCGAUUCGCUGUUGACGCUUGAGGGGCACCCGGGCGGUCGGGCAGUGCUAGCCUGCGCCGGGUUUGACGUCCUUGAAAUUUGGGAUACGGCCACUGGCGACGCGCUGAUGACGCUCAGCGGCCACAAGUCCACCAUCGUGUGCUACCUGUUCUCGCCCGAUUAUCACGGCCAAAAUGAGGGCAUCAUCGUGACGGCGGGCGCCAAGAGGCGCGACGGUUUCCACGACAUCGACGACUGCUGGACGGGCGUGGCGACCAUCUGGGACGCCGAGACGGGCGCGGCGCUUCACACGCUCGAGGGGCUCGCAAUUGGCCGCUUCACUAGCUGCGAUUUCUCGCCGAUGGGUUUGCGCGUGGUGACGGCGGGCGAAGACAAGAUGGCGCGGAUCUGGUGUACUCGGAUUGGCGUGCUUCUGAACGUGCUCACGGGGCACAACGGCGCACUCGGGCACCCAGCAGCUCUGUGGAUCUGCUGCUUCUCCCCCGAUGGCGCGCGCGUCGCCACGGCCGUGGAUGACUCGAUACAGUUGUGGAACGCGGAGACGGGCAAGAAGGUCAAGAAGCUCAAGCGCUCAGGUCAUGACUGGGUUCGUGACCACACUAUCUCGUUUACGCCCGACGGCACGCGAGUCUUGGCGCGAGAUAGCAGCGGAAGGGCGCGGAUCUGGGGCGCACCCCGCCGCUCGCGCUUGGCUGACGUGUGCCUGUGA